CAGCUUCCCCACAAGACGAAUAUAUAUGUGGUGGUUGCGAGUUGUGGGAAUUAUAGCUCGUUUUAAAGGAGAAAAUGAUAAAUCCAUUCACUCUGUUUGUUCUUAUUAUCUAAUUUGUAAAAUAUGUCUUUUCAAAUUUGGUAGCAGUUUUAUCUCUUCAACUCUAGUUUAUUGUAUUUAAUUAGUAUAAAUUAUGGAGGAUACAGAUGACAUACUUGAGAGUGUGAAUUUCGAUAGCCUAGGGCAAAUUGAUUGGGACAAUCUGUUCGACGACAAUUCGCCUCUUUUGGUCACCGAAUCAUCAUCUUCGCCGGAGAAUUUCUCAGACUCUUCUCCUGAUUCAGUAUCUUUAUGGAUCGAUCAGGUCGAGAACAUGUUGAUGAAGGACGACGACGUUUUAGCUUCUGCGCAGCCAUCUCAGCAUUUUUCCGAAGGUUUUUUAGCUGACUUACUGGUUGAUUCUCCUGCCGAUGGCUCCGUUGAUCUCUCCACCGACAAGGACUCUAUUGUUUCUCCCGAUAAUGGAUUUGGUGGUGCUUCUGAGACGGAAAAGGAGGGGGAGAAGAUUCUCUCUAAUAAUGAAGCUAAGGUAGAUAACGAUAGUGAAGAUCCCGAUGAUCCUGUCUCUAAGAAAAGGAGAAGGCAGCUGAGAAAUAGGGAUGCAGCUGUUAGAUCAAGAGAAAGGAAGAAGAUAUAUGUGAGGGAUCUGGAAAUCAAGAGUAGGUAUUUGGAAGGGGAAUGCAGGAGACUGGGGCGGUUGCUUCAGUGUUUUGUUGCAGAGAAUCAAGCUCUGCGUCUUGGUUUACAGAAGGGCAAUGCAUUUGGUGUUACCUUGGCCAAGCAGGAGUCUGCUGUGCUCUUGUUGGAAUCCCUGCUGUUGGGUUCCCUGCUUUGGUUCCUGGGCAUCAUGUGCCUAUUCACUCUGUCCGCAAUGUCACAGUUAACUCUGGUGGCAGUUCCACUCGAAAACGUGGGAAAGAAAGUUCCAGAAAGAGGAGCAGGAAGUAAGAUGUUUACUUCCUUGGCGAAUCAAUCGUUUGUAAACAGUAGAAAAUGUAAAGCUUCAAGGACAAGAAUGAAAGCGGAAUCUGUCUUUAUUGGAGUCUUGGUGUGAGACUUUUUUCUUCAUGUCAGAUGCGUCGAUCGGUCUUGUACCAUGAGUUUUGAUGGAAUAUAAAUAAGCAAAUAUGUUGGUGGGCGGAUUUAAUGAGAGGAAGGCAGUAAUAUUGUUACCCAGAAAUCUCUUUUAUUAUUAUUAUUAUUAUUUAAAUGUGUUGUUUGUUCA